AUGCUACAUCAGAAAGAGUAUGACGAGUUCUGUCAGAACGCCAUUGAUGGGGCGGAAGCUACUCGCUCAGAAGCUCCCAUUAUAGGCAGCCCCGAACAGCUACAUGAUGAUCUUGACCAAGACCAAUGGGCCUCGGGCGAGAAGAUUGGCCCUUACCAGUCCUGUCUGCGUCACUUUGAGGGAAUCCAUUCCAGCAUUUACAAAUCCCGAGGCGAAGAUGGAACCCUAAUCGCAAUCAAGGUCACUGUACCCCACCUUCUCACAGCACCGCACGACGCAAAGGUUGAAGUACGCCUGCUGCGAGAGGCCGCCAGCCCACAUGUGAUCCCUCUGUUGGAUGCCUUGAAUAUUGACGGGGGUAGACUCCUCCUCGUGUUGCCUUUCCUAAGAUACGAUUUUGAACAUUUGCUGCGUCGAGAUAUGUUGACCGCAACGCAGACAAAGUCUCACCUGCACGACAUGUUCAAAGCUUUGGAGCACCUGCAUAAGCUGGGGAUCAUCCAUCGGGACAUCAAGCCUUCUAAUAUCCUGAUGAACUCACCCGACGGUCCGGCGUAUCUCGCCGACUUUGGAAUCGCCUGGAAAGAAGGAUAUAAUGAGACCGAGCCAGCCGACAAGAAAAUCACCGACGUCGGUACGACGUGCUACCGUCCCCCAGAGAUCCUGUUCGGAUACCGGGGAUAUAGCACAGCUCUUGAUCUGUGGGCGGCCGGCUGCGUCGUUGCGGAAGCCCUGGCGGUUGGACACAAACAGCUGUUUGACUCGGGACCGGUGGGGAGCGACUUAUCUCUUGUUUAUUCUAUAUUUGUGACCUUGGGUACACCAGACGCGGAGAGCUGGCCUGAAACGAAGAAACUCCCCGAUUGGAAUAAGGUGGAAUUUCACCGAUACCCGGCCAAGCCGUGGGAGGACAUCCUUAAAGGCGCCUCUUCCCGAGGGCGGGAUCUGGUGAGCAAACUGGUGCGAUAUGAAAGCAGCGAGCGCAUGUCUGCUACGGAGGCUCUCCAGCAUCCAUAUUUCUGUUCGUAA